UUUCUCGGUGAUUAGUGUCAGUCGUAAAACCGAUCAAAACCGAGUAAAAUGUGCCGCGUGCGUCUCGAGAUGUGUCGGCACAUCUCGCUUCUCGUUUUUGCCUGCAUCCUUGCGUUUACGGAUGUCGUAAUCGCGUCAUGUUUCACCAACAAAUACGAAAAUGGAUCACAUGAGCGUGUGAUAUGCUCCAAUCUGACCAAUUUAAAUAUCGCCAUAAGUUACGGCGGCCCGCUCGUAGACGACAUGAUGAUCUUUCAAUCGCGGAUAGAUAAUAUUCCCGAUCGGUCGUUCCUGAGAUAUAGUAAGAGCUUAAUAUCUCUGAAUAUGCGCGACUGCGGUAUCAGAGAAAUUUCCGACCACGCCUUCGCCGGUCUGACGUACAUGAAGAAGCUCGGCCUGUCGUACAAUAACAUCACGUCGGUGAAGGAUCAGUGGUUCGUCAGUUUAAUAUCUUUGGAGCAACUGGAUCUCUCGUACAAUCACAUCGUGUCGAUCGAGUCGACGGUCUUUGAGAAAUUGCGGGGCCUCAAAAGGCUCGAUGUCAGGAGGAAUCGUUUGACAUGCUUGGAACCGGCCCAGCUCGCACCCAUGGCAGGCAUCGAGAGGUUUCGUUUCUCCGGAAAUCCCUUCACCUUUCGGUGCCGCGGCACGCUGACGUUGUGGUUGCAAGAUCUGGGCAUAAAUUGCAAAACUGAGCAACGCGGGGAGGAAAACUGGUUGGACAGUAUAUUGUGGCUCUGCGCCGCGGACGACGGCAAGGUGGCCGAUUCCGAAGUCCUGAUGAAGGAAUGCGUUAUCCUGAAUCUGUUCAAUCAACUUCGCACUGGUCUAACCACGGCCGAGUCCUUUCCCUUAUCUAUUCCCCAGGAGUGUAUAUACGCGAGAAACGAACUUACGAGAUGCAUAACUACAGAUCGCAGACGUGGCAGGGAAGUUAUCACUAACGGACACGUCGUGAGGAAAUUGUUACGACAAUUGACGGAAUCGAAAUCAAUUAUAUAAUACGCGCAGCGGACAAAUUAUAAAUUUAAAAACAAAUAAUGCGUUAAUAUUUCAUAAAAUACUUUGCGUUAAUUUUUUAGACUCUAAUAUUCCUAAUAAAUAUUAUUUUUGAUGUCAGAUUUUCGUAUCAUUAACGAAAUGAUUUGUUAGACAAACUGGGAGAAAUAUUAAUAUUUUACAUUAUUGGUUUUGUCGACAAAUUUGUCAGGCAUAAUUCCAUAAUUAUCAUAUAUUGAUCUAUUCUGUUUAAUGCAAAAAUGUUUAAGACAAAAUAAAUGUUCUUUUUU